GCGGGCGUUUCGAGCUGUUGGCGCCGCCGGCGUCCCCGCCCCUCCCCGCGCGGGCGCCUCCUCAGCCUUCCCGCCAUUUUCUGCGUCUCUUCUGCCCUCAGCGCUCCGCCGGGACACAGCGCUGUGGUUUAAUCUUAAAAAUGGAACAGUACACAUCUUACAUAGGAUGUGAGGCUUCUCAAGUGCCUUUAUCUGAUAUUGCUCAAAGGAUUAUGACAGCUUUGCAGUCUGUUCCUGUAGGAGGAGUUCAGACUAUCAGAAAAAAUAACCAGAGUAUAGAGAAGACAAAGGAAAAUAAACGUCUGAAAAUUGAAAAGGAGCUUCAUGAUUCCACAACUGGCUUAUUAAAUACAUCUGCUAGCUCUGAAAAAAGUACUGCUGGUCAGAUAGCCGGGACAGUACGUACCAAUGAAAUGCAUGGCUGUCAAGAUACUAAAACAGUGAGCUGUUUCCAGGAUUUAGACUUGCCAACAUGGGGAUAUAGAAAAAAAAAUCUUUCAGUAGAAGCAAAAAACCCAAAGGGUGGUGAAAAGAACAUAGCUGCUCCUCUUAAAAGAAAGCAAGAUGUGCCGAUAUGUUUUUCAGAGAAAACAAGAAGACUGCCUGUAAAGAUCUACUCUUCUUCACAGGAAAGAAGAUACAACUGUACUUCUGGGCAAACAGAGCCUUCUGAAAAUUAUCCUUGUGAUAUCAGGAGUUUGGGAUGUGAAGAAAAAAGAAAAUUACUUGCAACUAUAGAAAGGGCAAUGGCUUUUGUAACUACUAUGGUAUUUCAAGAUGGUUCUUCACAGCUCAACUCGGAGCAGGUCUUAACCUCAUCGGUAAAAGGAGUUGUUGUCUUAGUGAAGAAUCAGACCAAUUAUUGUUGCCCUCCCAGUUACUCUUCAACUGACUCUACUUGGAAUGCUGCUAAUGAAGAUGAUAAAUUAAUUUAUUUAAAAACUGCAUGGUCACCUCUUUGGGAACAAGAACAACAGGCUCACAAGAAAUUUGCUUGGCAAGUGUUGUUUCAAAUGCUACAUUGCAAAGUUCCGAUUAUUUGCUUCAAUGCAAAAGAUUUCCUGAGGACUCUACUUCAAGUUUAUGGUAAUGAAAUUAGCUGGAAACAAGUUGCUGAUAGUGUCGUGUUAGAUCCCAGGAUUGCAGCGUGGCUGAUAAACCCGAGCGACACAGUUCCCUCUUUUGAAUGCUUAAUACAGAAAUAUUUUGGAAAGCCUUUUUCUAUGGAAACAGUAAAUACAGAUACAGCACCUUUGAGAAACACAUCAUAUCAAAACUUAGGUGCCAACUUGGAGAAACUUUAUAAUGUAAUGAUGGACCUUGCUCAUGACUUACAGGUUCAAGGUUUGUGGAAAUUAUUUUGCACAUUAGAGCUUCCGCUUAUCAAAAUUCUGGCAGUGAUGGAAACACACAAAAUACAUGUGAACAAACAAGAACUGAAAAAAACAUCAGAGAUUCUAGGGUUGCGACUCAAAGAGCUUGAGCAGGAAGCUCAUCAAGUUGCUGGAGAACGAUUCCUUUUGACCAGCAGUCAUCAACUGAGAGAGGUACUAUUUGAAAAGUUAAAACUGCACACGCUGUGUAAGAAAGUUCACAGAACUGAAAUACAACAACUCGUGUCCACCUCGGAAGUUGUGCUAAAUAAAUUGCAAGAUCUUCAUCCUUUGCCUAAGAUAAUUUUAGAAUACCGUCAGGUUCAUAAGAUGAAAUCAACUUACGUGGAUGGACUGAGAACAUGCAUGAGAAAGGGUUUUAUUUCUUCUACAUGGAAUCAGACAGGAACUGCAACUGGCAGACUUUCAGCCAAACAUCCAAACAUUCAAGGUAUCUCUAAACACCCCAUUAGAAUUACAAAGAAACAGUACAUAAAAGGUAAAGAAGAGGAAAUAGUAACUAUUUCCCCAAGAACAUUGUUUGUUUCAAAAAAAGGAUACACAUUUUUAGCAGCAGAUUUUUCCCAUAUUGAGUUAAGGAUCCUUGCUGACUUGUCAUCUGAACCAGAACUUUUGAAACUGUUCCAAGAACCUGAAACUACUGAUAUCUUUUCUUCACUGGCUUCUCAGUGGAAGGGGAUUCCAAGUGAACAGGUGAAACACGCUGAUAGAGAGCAAGCAAAGCGUAUCGUUUACUCAGUGGUUUAUGGAGCAGGUAAAGAACGUCUUGCUGACUGCCUGGGAACUACUACUCUUCAAGCCAGUCAAUUUAUAGAGAGUUUUAUGCAAAAAUAUAAGAAGGUAUAUGAAUUUACAAAGAAAACCAUCGAACAAUGCCGAAAUAAAGGUUAUGUGGUUUCCAUAAUGGGACGUAAAAGACCGCUGGCUAAUAUCAAUGCACAGGAUUACAAGCUACGCACUCAAGCGGAGAGACAGGCCGUCAAUUUUGUUGUUCAAGGAUCUGCAGCCGAUCUUUGUAAAAUGGCUAUGGUGGAGAUUUUUACCGCUGUUGUGGUUUCUCCCACUUUAACAGCCAGGUUAAUUGCCCAGAUUCACGACGAGUUGUUGUUUGAAGUAGAAGAUUCUCAAAUUCAAGAAUUUUCAGCGCUGGUAAAAAGAACAAUGGAGUCCCUGCAGCAAACCACAGCCUUGGAAGUGCCACUAAAGGUUCCCUUGAAAGUGAUUCUUACCACUGGGAAAUCAUGGGGGUGUAUGACAGAAUUGCAGGAGAUGUAAAGCAGCCAUCGGGGAUGUUGUUCGGUGCUGUACACCUCAUUGGCCUGUGCUGAUUCCUCGCUGGAUCACUAGGCAACAGCGCUGCUGGAUCUUUCAUAAGCACCUAAUACUCUGCAUGUGAAUUUUUUUACUUCAUUUUGUCUGUAGCCCUGGGCAACAGCAGUCAGAUAAAACUGGUUUUUACCAGUUCAUCGUGUUUCCUUUAGCCAAGGUAACCAGCAGGGAGCUGCUUUUGUUCAGAGCUAAAUUACUACAUGUAAGAAAUGAGGCAAGACAAUAUUAACCCUUUGGGAACGCAAAAAAUACAUUUGAGUUAUAUGGAUGUUUAGACUUUAAUGUUAAAUAUUUUGUGAAGUGCCAGUGUAAAAAUACUUCUAAUCUGGCAUUAGAAAGAUGCUAUUUGAACUGCAACAGCAAGUGCUUAACUGUUGUGUUCAGCUUAUUUUAUAAUUUGUGAGUAGAAGGCAGCUGCUUGGUUUGCAUCACAUAUUAAAUGUCAUGUACCACAGACUUAGCAAGAGUUCUUUGGAAAUGAAGAGUUUCCACCUUAAUUUCUAUUUAGGAUUUUGGAGCAAAACAAAUGAACAAAACUGGAUGCCUAAAUACAUUAAAAAUAACCAGAUUGUUGUCAAGUUAAUUAAUUUCAAACUGAAUUAGUAUACUGUAGCCUUAGCAUACUUUAGAGGGAGGAUUAUAGUUUUGUCUAAUCUAUUAUUUUUGUUACUGAUGUAAUACUAAAUUUUAGGAUUCAGCCUUAUACUUUUUAGGAUUUAGGUUCCUACUUUAAUGUUAGGAUUUGUUACUGAUAUUUUUGUUUUCUGUAGAGUUUAUUCUUUAAAUGUGUUUGUUUCAUAACUUUACUGGUUGCCAAAUUCUGCCUCUGUGCUUAUGGAAUAUGAAACUGUCCUCAAAGUCUACCAGUUAUUUAGAAGUAGAAGUCAAGCACAAAACUUCUAAGAGCUGCUCAGCAUUAGUCCUCAAUUGAUCAAAGAAAUAUAAUUUAAAUUUUAAAAGUGUAUAGUUAUAGAGAUUUUGCAGCAGUUUUAAUUUGUAUCAUUAGAGAUUUUGCAUUGUACUUAAAGGCAUUAAAUUAUUAAACAUUGUUUUCUUACAUUGCAUAUUAAUCAUAUGUAACCUGUCAGCUGAAGUGAGUCAGUUGUUUAUAAAAAUUGCUUCUUCUGGUUUUAAAAUUAGCAGUGGUCAUGUAAGCAAAGUCUGAACCUUCUACACAUCAGCUGGGGCUCAGCUCUUGGUUGGCUGUUCGUGGCUGUGACACUGCGCUGGGAAGAGAUGGCAUGAAUUUUCUUCUGCUUUUUACUGUUUUUCAAGCGUUUUGUGUUUGCGGUGGCACUGAGGAAGGGUGAAAUGUUCUGUUCUCUCAUCCAUUGCACUCCUUUUGAAGACCUACUCUUUUCAGGAGGGCUGUACUAAUUAAGCUGUGCUUCUCUAAGGCUACAUUUCUAACCUUACUGCUAUAUUAAAGAAGUCGCCCCUUUUUGUACAUUUCCCAGCUGAUUUCUGCCUUGCGUGUGUUUCUUAGGAUGCAUACAUUUAAAAGAGGUAGAUAGCAAAUUGCAUCUGCUGUACUGUGAAUUACAAAUACUGGGACAUGUUCUCUGAUUUUUUGGCUCUGUUUUCCUUGGAUAGCCAGGUGAGUAUCUAAUCCUCACUAUCUGCCCCGUGUCACUGUGUUCAGGUAUAGAUUUUUGAGGAUUAUUAGAUUUCUCAGACCUCACUGAAGUGCUUUGGCUUCAAAGUUCCUCAGCUUUUAACCCAUAAGAUCCCAGAAACUGAGAAGAGUCCUGAGUCUUUAGGACAAUUUCUUUUACUUCACAAUCCAUUCCCACUGCCUUCCGUGCUGUUUGGCCAUAUAAGUUUUGGAAACUUGUGUUUUCACAUUGUGGAAUUGCAGAAGUAUGUAUCUCUUUAGCAUGGCAGCCAUUUCCUCACACAAGCUGCCUGAGGGUACUGUUUGCUCUUCAUUUCCCAACAAGGUCCUCCGGAUGAGGCAUCAGUUUUACCACACUUGUGUGCUGAUCUAUGUAUACCUAUAAAAUCAGGGCAGUGCUGUUUUUCCAAGCCCUAGGCAAGCUGCCCUGAAUCUAAAGAGCCAUUAUAGGGAAGCUUGGCCAGUCCUGACCACAAAUUUCCUCCCAAAGAAAUGCAGGUGAAAAUAUUCUGUAUUUGAUGAUCGCCAGGAAUUCUUUCUGGGUGGUACAAUAAUUUCACACAAGAGAACUCAAGAGCCUUAUUAUAGUAAAUGGUCACCUUUUCAGGUUAUUUUGGUUGUGCGUGAAAGGGACUGUAAAAUAUGGGUAGGCUGGAGCAGGAACAAUCACAAGAGCCCUUUUCAAUCCUUAAAACUCUCAAUUUGAUCUCUAAAAUUAUUCCCUUUUUCUCACAACCUAUGAAGAGGUAGUGGGAGAACAAGAACCAAAACUUCUGUUUGAAGAGCACAGCCCUACAAAAACAUUGAUCAAUGAGUGUGGAAGAUCACAGAAUAGGUGGGGAGGCGUGAAUAGCUGGCUCUGCUUAGCUUCUGUUUAGUGGGCAGAAAUUUCAUUAAUUGAUAUCUGAACACAGUAAUAACCCCUUUUGAAUGGAUGUGUGUCUGGGUUUAAUGUCAGCUGUGUCUUUGGUGGCCUGAGUCUUCCAUUAGGUCAUCUGUAAAUCUCUUCUUUUGCCAUGUGGAGUAGCACAGAAGGAAUGCAGUUUGAAAACACUUUAACCCAGUGUCUGUGAGGAAUGGAACAGCACAGCUAUUUGUUGGUGUUUGCAUGGACGUGGCACGACCAAUAGAUAUCUGCUCAGGACUUGAAUCUUUGAAUGUCCACGUAUCACUGUGGGACAGCAGGACUCUGAUCUUGAAUGUUGGUCCAACUUGAUAAUAACCGUAGUUCAAACACUAGUCUCAGGUGUGAUGGGGGGGAAGAGGGGAGAGAAAACCUCUCCAUUUUUAAAAACAGAAUAGAUUAAGAGAAUGCAUCUGCUAGGGUAUCCAGGACAUCAUUUGUUCUUGGUAAUGAUGAAGAAAAAGCCCUUAAAAAUAAACGUGUUUCAUUUUUUGGAGUCCACAGAACCUGAUGUCUCAUUUUCUUGUUUAAUCUGGUUUGAAAAAGAGUCCAAAAAAUGGGUUGAAGGUUGUAUUACACCUUCCUGAUAUAUUUUCUCAAUGGCCUAGCACGUCUCUUCUCUCUUCACCAUUACAAGACCAGACUGGAUAAACCUCCAAGCAACCUGGUCUUGACCUCAGAGCUCACUUUACUUUAAGCAGGAGGUUGGACUAGAGACUUCCUGAUCCCCCACCCAACCUGAAUUUUCUUAUCAUCUUAUGUCAUUCUCCAGAUGGACAACAGCAACCAUUUGCUUGAAAGACAAACCAGAAAAUCCCUUUGAAUAUUCUGCUGUAUUGCAUCAAAGUAUGCAGUCCCUUACCAGAAGAAGGCCCAGAAAUACUUUGGGAUUUCAUUCCUCCUUCCCACCUGUGUUGCCUCAUUCUGUGCCAGCAUUUACUAUAUUCCUUGGCUCCCAGGCUCACUUUUGGCUGGCACGCUUCCUUCUGGGAUUAGCAGGUUGUCAGAAGCAUUCGGUGAGUGGAAAGGAAUCAGUUUGUAUUUCUGCCAUUCUGCAAUGGCUUUAGUAGGCAGGGUGUCUCUGGGAUUUCAAAUAAGUUCUAACCACAUUCUAUCUUUACAUACCUGAGAAGCUUCCCCAGCCUGAUCAGCUCAUCUCCACCGAAAACAGCAGCCUACAAUCAGCUGGUUCUCCUGUGGCAUCUUUGAAGUGCCACCCAUUUUUGUAUGACCCUCUCAUGUUAUCAAGUGUGUCUUUAUUAUCCUCUGUAAGCCCAGGCAAUUUGUUGUCUUCUCUGCUCUCCUGACUGUACAAAGUUGUGUUUCAAAUUCUGGAGGUCCAGCUUCCAGGCAACCUUUCCACAUUUUUGGGAUGCAUUGUUUUCAUGUCACCUUCUUCAUUCAAGACUAAUUAGCUGGGUAACAUCCGGGUUAUUCCAUCCUCACCUUUUGCUAUCUACACUGGUAAUUUAAUCCAUUGCCAAUCUUUCAUCUGCACUUCAUAGAUACUGUUAUUAUUGAUAGUAAAACUCUCACUAUUAAUUGUCCACAAGUUAAAAGAAAAAGUUGCAUAUCUUGCUGCCUCUAACCUUUGAGUCCUCAGCUUGCUUCCCUCUACCAUUUGGCAUGGCAUAUGUGAGACUGUUUUCUGGCUAACUAUAUUUUUACUGUAGUUGUUCAUGAUCAUUUUUUCUAUGGCAUCAACAAUUUAUUGUAGAAAUUCUCUCUUGCUCCCCCCCUUCAUUUUUUGGCAGAUUCAUCUGCUGCACACACUGAAUUUCUGACUUUCUAAUUAAUUGGAAGUGUCAUGCAUUAGAUUACAACCCCAUUUUCCAAUUUGUGUGUUGAGCAGAGAACUGUACUCCUGACAAUCAUCCUCCAUCCUCCCCACAAGUGGCUGCCGCCUCUUACUCUGCAUUUCUGCGCAGAAUUGGCUGAGGCAAAAUUAAAUAUCUCCCUGAUUACCUGGGCCUCUUUGCAUUGGUGCAUUAGUCCUCAUCCAGCUGAGGCCAGAAAUGAAUUCAUUGCUGACUUAUCCUAAAUUGGUGUCUGCUUAGGUGAAGAAAACAAGUCUCCUCAGGAUGUCUGCCAGAAUCUGGUGUUUGUUUGGUCUUUUUUUCCCCUUCUCCCUUUUAACUCCAAGCUGGGCCCCAAAGCCAGUUCAGGUUGAUGAUUGACUCCAAACUGCACGUGAGGGACACCUGUAAGAAGUUCAUUCCUUUAGAAUGAAUAAAUUCUGCAUCAGUUUGAAAGCUGGGCCACCCUACUCGCCUGCCAGCGAUCCCCAUCUCUGUUUAUCUUCCUGUCCAUUCAUUUGAACCGUGAUGUUAAAUUAAAUAAGCUUCCCAGGGAGGUUUUCCUUCAGAUAUAAUGAGCUUUUGUAAGACUUGAGCUGGGAGAAGUCAACAUCUUCCCUUGGGGCCUCUGUGGGUCACAGAUGAGGUUAAAAGAAGUGUUGUAAAUGUUGUGCUUUAGUCAAAUUCUCUGUCCAUGUUUUGCUUCCUCUGAUACUGGGGCUUGUGGUACAUUUGAUUUUUGGUUUGGAGCUGAUUAUUUUUUAAAUCUCUUCUCAUACGUGAUCUAAAUCUUAACCUUUUUGUGGCAUUCUCCAUAUCCCUUAACACCUUCCAUUCCCUGGAAAUCAGAUUGAUAAUCACCUCUUUAAUUCUCCUUACCCUUCCAGCCUGCACCGUUCAUUGUUCAGGCACUUAUAAUUGCACAAUAAAACAAAUGUUUCCCGAUAA